GUCUCUCUCCGUGGGGCUCCACAUCUCCCUCGAUUAUUGGUGGACGACGAAGGUGGAGCUGAGGGGGCUUCGAGAGGACGACCCCUGUUACCUGUCGGCCAUGUCCAGGUGUCACCUGCGGGCGGGGCAGCGCAUCCUGCAGGGGGCGCUCUCUAACGGGGGUCUCUACGUCAAGCUGGGCCAGGGGCUCUGUGCCUUCGAUCACCUGCUGCCACCUGAGGUGACCACGACGCUGCGGCCGCUCGAGGACAGCGCCAGCCCCCGGGGACACCGGGAGGUGGACGAGCUGUUCCUGGAGGAUUUCCAGACCACACCUUCCAGAAUGUUCCGGGAUUUCGAUUACGAGCCCGUGGCCGCCGCCAGCCUGGCCCAGGUGCACCGAGCCACCCUCCCCGACGGGACCCCCGUGGCCGUCAAGGUGCAGUACCUGGACCUGCGGGAUCGUUUCGAGGGGGACAUGAGGACCCUGGAGCUGCUGCUGCGCCUGGUGGAGUUCAUGCACCCCGACUUCGCCCUGGGCUGGGUGCUGCAGGAGCUGAAGGGCACGCUGGCCCUGGAGCUGGAUUUCGAGAACGAGGCGCGGAACUCGGAGCGGUGCGGGAGAGACCUGGGACACCUGAGGGGGGUGACAGUGCCACGUGUGCACUGGGGACACUGCAGCAAGCGCGUCCUCACGGCCGAUUUCUGCGAGGGCUGCAAGAUCAGCAACGUCCGAGGGAUCGAGGAGCUGGGGCUGGGGCUCCGAGACACCGCAGAGAAGCUGAUCCAGGUUUUUGCUGAGCAGAUUUUUUACACCGGGUUCAUCCACGCGGAUCCGCACCCCGGGAACGUUUUGGUUCGCCGGGGCCCCGACGGGAAAGCGCAGCUGGUGCUGCUGGACCACGGCUUGUACGAGAGCCUGAGCGAGAGGGAGCGAGCGUCGCUGUGCGGGCUCUGGAGGGCGAUCGUGCUGCGGGACCUCCAGGCCAUGAGAGCCCGGGCGGCCGAACUCGGGGUGCAAGACUAUUUCCUGUUCUCAGAAAUGCUGAUGCAGCGCCCCCUGAGCCGCCACUCUCGGCUCCUCGGCCCUCCCGGAGCUCACCUGAAGCGCGAGGCGGCGGCCGGAGGGACCCACCUGCAGGGCGCACCCGAGGGACACCUGAGCGAGGAGGAGAAAGGUUACAUGCGGAAGAUGGCGGCGCACAGGUUCCCGCACGUGCUGAGCGUCCUGCGGGCGCUGCCGCGGCCGAUGCUGCUCGUGUUCCGCAACAUCAACACGGUGAGGAGCGUGCACGCCGCGCUGGGCGCACCUGCGGACCGCUACGGCAUCAUGGCGCGCAGCGCCGUGCGCAGCUGGAGCCGCCUGCGGGGGGGGCCCGGGGGGUCCCUGCGGCAGCGACUGCACCUGGGCUGGGAGAGCCUCAAGUUCGAGCUGGCCCUCAGGCUGGAGCGGCUGCGGUUCCGAUUGGCCGAGGCCGCGCUGCGGCUCCUGAGCCGCUGGGGGGCGCUGCCCCUCGGGGCUCACCUGCAGCAGGUGCUGCGCGCCUGAAGGGGGCGCCAAACAACCCGGAAGUGCCCAAAAAAAUCAACCAAAUCAAAUCAAUAAAAUAAAAUAAAAUAAAAGAAAUGAAAUGAAAUGAAAUGAAAUUAAUAAAAUAAAAUAAAAUAAAAUAAAUGAAAUGAAAUCAAUAAAAUAAAAUAAAAUAAAUGAAAUGAAAUGAAAUGAAAUGAAAUGAAUAAAAUAAAAUAAAUGAAAUGAAAUCGAUAAAAUAAAAUAAAAUAAAAUAAAUGAAAUCAAAUGAAGAAAAUAAAAUCAAAUAAAAGAAAUGAAAUCAAAUCAAAUCAAAUGAAAUGAAAUUAAAAAAUCCUCGAAUGGAAGAGAUCCCAGAAAUCGCCUGGGAAACAUCUGGGGAACAGCUGGAAACGCCGAAAAAAAAACUCCCAAAAAUUGCGCAAAAAAAAAAAAAAAAAAAAAAAAAAAAAAAAACAUCUGGGGAACAGCUGGAAACGCCGAAAAAAAAACUCCCAAAAAUCCCCGCAAAAAAAACCCAAAAACAUCUGGGGAACAGCUGGAAACGCCAAAAAAAAAAUCCCAAAAGUCCUCACAAAAAAAGAAAAGAAAAAAAAAACAAACAAAUAAACACAACAACAAAAAACAAAAAUAAAAACAAAAAACAUCUGGGGAACAGCUGGAAACGCCCCCCCAAAAAUUCCCCAAAAAUCCCCCCAAAAACAUCUGGAGAGCAGCUGGAAGCGCCCAAAAAACAACAACAACAACAACAAAAUCCCGCCCAAAAAACACCUGGGGAACAGCUGGG